AUGUCUGGCGGUUCCCAUUACCCUUACACUUCGCAGCCCAAUCAGCACAGUUCCUAUCCAUCCUACACCUCAGCUCCUGAUCACCAUCACAUCAACUCGGCUCUGAACCAAGACCCGAACGCCUAUCCUUUCUACCAACACGGCAACCGUAACGGAUCCCACUGCUCUGCAAACUUUCAUCCCUCUUCCUUCCCUCAGCAGCCCGGCUUCCAGCAGAACAAUAACAACGACUCCUCCUACAACUCUGGCUUUUUCGGAGGAAACAACCAGUACAAUCACUACUUGCAAUCAAAUCCGCAGCAGUACAACUUUCCCGUCACCUCGGGCUAUUCUUCGAACGCUGCUCAGCCAGGUGCUGGUCUCGAGAAUCUUCUUCCCAACUUCCCUGCUCACACUACCCACCAGCCUCUAAGCAACAACGCUGCGCAGUACCUUCAACCGGGACAGUGGCCACAGCGCGCUGGUACGCCAACUUGGAUUGACAACCCUGCGCAGUCGCUUUCGCCUCAGCCAGCCUUUGAACACCACCAGCAGCAUCAACAGCAGCAUCAUCAACAGCAGCAUCAUCAACAGCAGCAUCAUCAACAGCAGCAUCAUCAACAGCAGCAGCAGCAGCAGCAGAACUUUUACAGUGCAUCAGCGCCUCGUCUUCCCUUGAAGCAAGAGAACGGCCUCGACUCCGUUUCCACCCCGGCUUUCCAUUCGAUCGAUUCCAACGACCCUUCGCCUCAGAACAGUGGCAUCCGCAUCAAGCUCAAGAAGCGCACCCUCAACGCACACGAGACCAGCUCUGGUGGACGACAAGCGCAAGCUCAGCUUCAGAUCGAGCCUCCCAGCAACAUGGUAGGAGGUAGACCCAGUAGAGCUGCUGCCGCAGUAGCCUCGGCCAACAUCAACCACGUAUACUCCGACAGUCCCAACAGCCGUUCUCUUCGUGGUCGCCAAGUCAAGCAGCAGCCACGCAGCGAAGAGGACUACGAAGAAGAAGUAAGUGCUUCUCAGCAGCCAGCCACUCCUCGUUUGAAGCGUCAUGACGACCGAGACGACGAUGACGACAAAGACGAUGAUGACAGCGAGCAGGAGAGCAGUGAAGAUGAGCAGGAAUACGACGACGCCGAUAACAAUGUCGAUAAUUACGAGCAUGUAGCGCAGCCAAAGACCAAAAAGCGCACCCAGUUCCGUCGAUCGAGCACAAAGGAAGAGAAAAGGCCUCGUUCCAACAAUGAGACCAAAGGAAAGCAGAAAGAGACUACCAUACCCGCACCCAGUCGAAGCACCAGAAUCACACGCAGUAGCAGCCAGCCACUCGUUGCCCAGAAUACACACGCUAUCACUGGCAAACGCGGCAGCAGAGCCAAAGACACUGGCGAGACCAAAGACCAGAAUAGAGCCAAAGAUAAAGCACCAAGCAAACAAGCCGAGCAUGGUCCUGCUGCACGCUCCAAUACAGCCCAGCCACCAAAGAAAGGCAAGGCCAAGUCGCAGGCUACCUACCAGGCUACCCGUCGAAGCAGCAGACUCCUUGGCGACUCACAGCCCGAGUCUAGCCAGGAGCUCACCGACACACAGGCCAUUAUCCCCAGGCUCACAGUCAAGAUCGGCAUCAGGCAGCGAGCGAAUGAGCAGAUUCAGAAGAGAGGCAGGCAAUCGGACGCGGAUGAACAAGACGAUGAAGACGAAGAUGCCCAAGCCGACGAGGAUGCGGAAGGCGAGCAAGACCAUGUCGUCAAAGAACAAGACCAACACCACGAGCCGGAACCUAUCCUUUCCAAGAGCCGCAGCGGUAGGAUUCGUAGGCAGAAAGUAGAUAACAUGGCUGAAUCCGAAGACUCUGAAAACCUCGCCGGCGACGACAACGACGACGACGAAGAUGAGCAGGUUGUCCGCUCCACUCGACGCACCUCUGCUCGACUCAAUACCAACGCACUCGAUGGCUUUGUGGCCGCCGACGACGAUGAAGAGGAAGACGACGAAGGCGAAUACGGCUCCAAACGUUCCACGCGCUCCUCAGGUCGACUUCGACGUGGUGGUGGGGGCUCUAAUACCAACCGCCUUGCCGAGAUGGCAGCUAAGAAGCGUGCAGCUAAUGGUCGCAGCAAAUCUGGGAGGCGCAAGCCUCGUGACGAAGAGUACGAGGGGGAAGGCGACGAGACUCCAGAAGAAGAGCAUGUCUCUGGAGCCGAGGAUGACCCACUCGACAUUCAUAGCGACGAACCAGAAGGAAGUCAGGGCAAGUCCUACUCGCUUCGUCAACGCAAGAAGGUCAACUACUCGCUCGUACCUCCCCCUCCCUCACCACCAAGAGACGGCUUCGGCCGGCCCGUUCGCAACAGUCGUGGACGCAGCGCAUAUGGCUCAUACGAUCUGGAACCUCCUGGCGACGGCGUUGGCUUUGGCUCUGGUGCUCCGGGCCCAAGUCUUCCCAUGCCAUUCCCUGGUCGCGGCAAGAAGGGCAAGGAAGGAUGGGAUGCUCUGCCAUCUUCCAUGACCGGCAAGGACUACGCACGUAUCUUUGGCGAUCCUAUCGACAGCUCCGAUGACGAGUUGCAGAACAAUGCGCUUCGCAAGCCAGGUGCACCAGCUCCUCUUGGCGGUGGAGCUGCUGGCGGUCUGCUCGGUGCAGAUGGUGCUGGUGGCGCGGCUGGUCCGCCUGGCGGUCUCACAGGUUCUGGCGGUACGGACAGCUUUGGACGUAUCAAGAAGAGCGGCGACCCGCUAGCUGAUGUUGACCCUCUUGGUGUCGACAUGAACGUCGACUUUGACAGCGUCGGUGGUCUCGAUGGCCACAUACAACAACUCAAGGAGAUGGUCAUGUUGCCCUUGCUGUACCCGGAAGUCUUCCAGCGCUUCAAGGUGACGCCACCCCGUGGCGUGCUCUUCCACGGCCCACCUGGUACCGGCAAGACGCUCGUCGCCCGUGCCUUGGCUGCCAGCUGUAGUACCGAUGGACAGCAAGUCAGCUUCUUCAUGCGAAAAGGUGCCGACUGCCUUUCCAAGUGGGUCGGUGAAGCUGAACGACAGCUGCGUCUUUUAUUCGAAGAGGCAAGAAACUCGCAACCGAGUAUCAUCUUCUUCGAUGAGAUCGACGGUCUCGCGCCUGUCCGUUCCAGCAAGCAAGAUCAGAUCCACGCGAGUAUUGUUAGUACCAUGCUUGCGCUGAUGGACGGGAUGGAUGGACGUGGACAGGUUGUCGUGAUUGGUGCUACCAACCGACCUGACAGUGUCGACCCAGCCCUGCGUCGUCCUGGUCGAUUCGAUAGAGAAUUCUACUUCCCUCUGCCAUCGCUCGAGGCGCGUAGGAGUAUCAUCAACAUUCACACAAGCAAAUGGGAGCCUCCACUUGAUGACGACUUCAAGGCCAGACUCGCGCAAGUCACCAAAGGAUACGGAGGAGCCGAUCUGCGCGCGCUUUGCACAGAGGCUGCACUGAAUGCCGUUCAGCGACGCUAUCCUCAGAUCUACUCGACCACGGACCGACUCCUGCUCGACCCUGCAUCUAUUCAGGUUGACGCUAAGGACUUUAUGAUGUCGGUCAACAAGAUCGUCCCGUCGUCGGCAAGAGCAAGCGCGUCGGCUGCUGCUCCCCUACCCGAGAGGUUGGCAUCGCUGCUCGGUGCUGUCGUUCAGGAUGCCAUAUCUGUUCUCAACAGGAUCCUUCCACCUGUCUCAAAGCGCAAUCCAUUAGAGGAAGCACUGUGGGAGGACGAUACCUUCGUCCCCAAGGGUCUGACUUCGGGUCUUUCGGCUGCCGACAUGCUUGCUGGUGACCGCGGCUUUGGUCGCGAGAUGCUGCUUCAGUCUUUCGAGGCACAGCGCGUCUACCGUCCACGCAUGCUUGUGUACGGUGACGUCGGCAUGGGACAAGGUGCUGUCGGUGCCGCACUAUUGCAGCAUCUUGAAGGAUACCACGUCCAGUCGCUCGAUAUUGCAACCUUGCUCGGUGACAGCGCACGGACACCUGAAGCUGCCAUCAUCCAGCUCUUCGUCGAGGCAAAGCGACACAAACCGAGCGUGCUCUACAUUCCUGGCAUCGUGCACUGGUCUCGCUCUGUCUCGGACAGCGUCAAAACCACCUUCAAGGCGUUGUUGGACGGUCUCACCGAUGCUGACCCAGUGAUGUUGCUCGGCAUUGCAGAAGCUCCACUUGACGAGCUCGACGAUGAAGUUCACUCAUGGUUCAACUUCCUCGAUGACGACAUUGUCGAAAUCCCUCGUCCCGAUGAAGAGAGCCGACGAGAUUUCUUCAAAGAGAUCUUUGACCACGUCAUUCGACCGCCCACCGAGUUCCCUGACGCGCUUCCAAGACGCAAGCGAGUGCUCGAAGAGCUACCCAAGGCACCACCUCGUCCACCACGCAAGCUCACCCAGGCUGAAUUGCAGCAGCAGGCAGAUAGCGACACGAAGCUGCUCGAGCAUCUCAAGUUCCGCCUUGGCCCUGUUCUUGCUGAGCUGAGGAAGAAGUUCAAGAAGUUCACCCGUGAUGUUUGGGACGAGUACAACCUCAGAGAACUUACGCAGCAAUUUGCCUGGAAGCGCGAAAAGGGCAAGAUCACGGUGGAGCUCCGAUACUACCGACCCAACAUGGCAGCACAACCGACUCCGAUCGAGGUCAACGACGAUGCGGAGAUGCUCGAGACUGAGGCUGAUAUUGCUGCUAAGCGCGGCAUAACGGCUGCUCAGUUCAUGGGUUCUACCGCUAAUAGUAUUACGGAAGUCGAAGACGAGCAGCUUGCUGAGGCUGGCGAUGCUGCUGAAGCUGGUGCGACGGCCGAGAAUGGUGAUGUUGAGAUGUCCAAUGAUGACGGAGUUGCUGCCCCUGCCAACAACACCAACGGAAUUGUUCCUGAUGCUCAUGGUGUCGAGGGAGCAGAAACUGAUGCUGGCGUCCUCAUCCCACCACCAUCCUCGCAACCCAACGGCACGAACGGCGUCGACGCAUCCACAACCGAAUCCGCAGCUGCAGACACCUCCGCAUCCGACCCUAUGGCCGACACCUCGAUCGUCUCUGGCCCCACCAACGGCCCCACAACCAUCAACGACGAAUACAUCACCCGCAACAUGCCCAUCUGGACCACCAACCUCGAAAAAAUGCAAAAACGUCUCUACUACAACGGCUACCUCUCCUGUUCCGCCUUUUUGGAAGACAUCCAGAAGAUCGUUGAGAAUGCGGAGGAAGCAGCUGAAGUGGAUCAGGAUCGGGUCUUCCGUGCUCACCAGAUGCGCAACCUGGCGAUUAUUUUGAUGGAUCAGUAUAUCGAUGCUGGGUUUCGGGAGGAAUGUGAUAGGAUGGCAUUAAGACAGAUGGCGAGGGAGCAGGAGGCGAAAGAGGCGACGGAGAAGGCGAAACAGAGUGCGGAGGAGGCAGCGGCGAAAAAGGCAGAGAGUGCGAAAGGUGAAAGGGCUAGUGCUAGGAUUGCGGGUAAAGAACCUGAGUCUGCUGGGUUGGAAAGUGUGGGUGGGGAGAGGGGGAGUAAGAGACAGAGAAGUGUUAGUGCGCAGCAGCAACAAGGGUCGACUGCUACGUCGAAUGCUCAAGAAGAAGGUGCGACUGCGGCUUCUGCUACGGUUGAAGGCUCUUCCUCUGACCCUUCCACUACCGUCAACGCGCCUGCAUCUGAGGCUAACGGCGAGGAAGAAGCGCGUAAACGCGCCCGACUAACCUCUCCCUCCCAACCCUCCUCCACCGUCACCACCCAGUCCCCCUCCGCACCCGCAUCCGCAUCCGCACCCGCACCCGCACCGGCACCGCAACCGCAACCGCAACCGCAACCGCAACCGCAACCGCAACCGCAACCGCAAGCAGAACCCGAACCACACCCACCACUAACCUACGUCCGCGAAGAGUACACGCAUCUCUGUCGGGCGAUCGUCCGAGAUACCGCCAGUUACAACGUUGAUCAACUCUCUCGUCUCCGCGCUGCAUGUUUCAAUGCGAUUUGGAGUCAUAGAUCCGAUUGGAACAGGGAUGAACUUAUUGGGAGAUUGAUCGAGAUCAAUGACAAGUCCAAAAGGGCGGUUGAGAGGGAGAGGAAUGCGAAGGCGAAGGCGAAGGCGAAGGAUGAUGCUGAGGCAAGGUUUCGGGGUUUGACGUACUAA